UAACGUUUACCUAUCGCUUUCUCCACCUCACUCUUUCAGCAGUUACAUUACUGUCUGAGCUGCAGCUACUCUGUCUCUACGCAGAUUAGAUCGAAGUCGUUCAAAGGGUUUAAAUUUCCUUCUCUGUAAAGUUUAGAUAUGGGUCGUGGAGUUAGCGCUGGUGGAGGGCAGAGUUCAUUGGGCUAUCUGUUUGGAAGUGGAGAGGCUCCAAAACCUGGCACAAACAAUGCCCAAGCUGCUCCAAACGAGAGCCUACCUGCAAAUAACCUGCCUCCUUCCAAACCCGCUGCAGCUCCUCAGCCAGCAGAUAUCAAUAAACAGGUUCCUGCUGGUAUCAACAGUACUUCUGCAAACAACUAUAUGAGGGCAGAUGGUCAGAACACUGGCAACUUCAUCACGGAUCGACCUUCAACCAAGGUCCAUGCUGCUCCUGGUGGUGGAUCUUCUUUGGGAUACCUCUUUGGUGGUGGUAGCAACUGACACAUGCCAUCAUGUCUUCGUAUGGAGUUCUGUUUGUCAAUCUUUGUGGACCCGUAGUUUGAAUCAAACCAUGCUUUCAUCUCCAAUAUAAUCCAUGCAAAUUUGUGGGAUCCUAUUGUGUAAUAUAUAGGUGUUAUCUUUGUUGUUUCAACUAUUCAAUCAAGAUCGUGGGAUUUAGAUGCCUGGGCAUCUGUAUGUUUCUAAUA